AUGCACCUUCACUUCCUAAUCCUUCGGUAUACAGUUUUCGCAAGCUCCCUCCCGCGUGGCCCCAUACUGAUCCUCACUGUAGCCGAUAUCGAGGCCGUUCGCCGGCUCCAAGCUGAGCGCAAUGCUGCUGCUGCGAGCAAAAAAGGCUCCCGCACAUUUGACCAAUCCAGUCAACGAACCGAUAACUCGACGAAAGCCUCCCUGACCGAAUCGUUUGACACCUUUUUGUACGAACGCAAUGGAGCAGAGAAGUUUUCAGGCUACGAUACUUCAAUCGCGGUCGACAACGAGGAUGAAGAAAUGGAGGAUGCGAAUGGAGGACAUAGCUUGGUGGGCCAAUACACUGCUACCAGAGGCCAGAUCGAUGAGAUGGCGCAAGGAAACGGUGUUGAGGAAGAGGACAUUCUCCUUGGCCGCGAGAAGGCUGCGCGAAUUGCAGACCGCGAGACAGACUAUCAAAAACGUCGAUUCGACCGUGGUGGACUGACUCCGACGCGCGCCGAUCCCUUUGCCGCCAAUGCCGGAGCGAAUGUUGAGGGAGAAACUCAAACCUACCGUGAGGUCAUGGCACUCCGUGAGCUUGACAGAGAAGAGGAGCGUGUUCAAAAAUUGAUCGCUGAGAAGCGCGAGCAGGGUGAAGACGUGACUGAACACCAGGCUACCUUGAAGAAGGUGGAACAGGAGAAAGAAACCGCCGAACCGAGCUCAACAGUUGCAGUGGUUACCGAGAAGAAGCGCAAGCGAUGGGACACGGGCGAAGAAACAGGCAAAAAAUCACGCUGGGGUGAUGAUGCGCCUGCUCAGCCAUCGAGAUGGGAUCUAGCACCAUCACUCACGGCUGCUACUCCCGUCGGCAACCAAGGUCUCGCCACCCCUAUGCAUCCAUCACAAGCAGCUGCCCCUACUGCUAUGACCGGUUUCGGCACUGAUCUGCCUGUUCAAAUUGUUGGCUGGUCCGAUGAAGACCUCGACAUCAUGCUUCCUGGCGAGGCCGAUGGCUAUAAGGUCCUUGACCCUCCUCCCGGGUACGAACCCGUCCGAACUCAUGCCCGCAAGCUCACAGCCACACCAGCUCCCAUUCCUGGCGCUGCCGGAGGAUUCAUGAUGCAAGAGCCAGAAAGUGUUCAGUCUGUGGGUAAGGACCUUCCAACUGAUAUCCCUGGUGUUGGUGAUCUUCAAUUCUUCAAGCCAGAGGACAUGGCCUACUUUGGUAAGCUCAUGGAAGGUGGCGAUGAAGCCACCAUGACUGUGGAAGAAAUGAAGGAGCGAAAGAUUAUGAGGUUGCUGCUCAAGGUUAAGAAUGGAACUCCGCCGAUGCGAAAGACUGCUCUCCGACAAAUCACAGACAAUGCGCGCGACUUUGGUCCGGCGGCUCUGUUCAACCAGAUUCUCCCUUUGCUGAUGGAAAGAUCUCUGGAAGAUCAGGAGCGCCAUCUGUUGGUUAAGGUCAUUGACAGAAUUCUCUACAAACUUGACGACUUGGUUCGCCCGUACGUUCACAAGAUCUUGGUCGUCAUCGAGCCAUUGCUCAUCGAUCAAGACCAUUAUGCUCGUGCUGAAGGCCGGGAGAUCAUCUCAAACCUUGCCAAGGCUGCCGGUCUUGCUACAAUGAUCAGUACUAUGCGUCCUGAUAUUGACCAUGUCGACGAGUAUGUACGAAACACGACUGCACGAGCUUUCGCUGUUGUUGCCUCUGCCCUGGGUAUUCCCGCUCUCCUUCCUUUCCUCCGUGCUGUCUGCCGCAGUAAGAAGUCCUGGCAGGCCCGACACACCGGUGUCAAGAUUGUCCAACACAUCCCUAUUCUCAUGGGCUGUGCUAUUCUUCCUCACCUCAAGGGACUGGUAGACUGCAUCUCAGAUAACAUCAGUGAUGAACAAGCGAAGGUUCGGACUGUCACCGCUCUCGCUGUGGCUGCUUUGGCCGAAGCUGCCAACCCAUACGGUAUCGAAAGCUUUGAUGCGAUUCUGAACCCUCUCUGGACCGGUGCUCGCAAGCAGCGUGGCAAGGGUCUCACUGCCUUCCUCAAGGCUGUUGGUUACAUCAUCCCUCUCAUGGACGAAGAAUAUGCCAAUUACUACACUACUCAAAUCAUGGAGAUCCUCAUUCGGGAGUUUGCCUCUCCAGAUGAGGAAAUGAAAAAGGUUGUCUUGAAGGUGGUUUCACAAUGUGCAAGCACACAAGGUGUGACUGCUGGCUACCUGAAGGAGAACGUCUUGGCAGAGUUCUUCAAGGGCUUUUGGAUGCGACGUAUGGCCCUUGACAAACGGAACUACCGCCAGGUAGUGGAUACCACCGUAGACUUGGGCCAGAAGGUCGGUGUCAGCGAGAUCCUGGAGCGCAUUGUCAACAACCUGAAAGAUGAAAGCGAGCCAUAUCGCAAGAUGACAGUGGAAACUAUCGAAAAAGUCAUUGCAUCCCUCGGAGCCGCGGACGUUUCCGAGAGGCUGGAAGAACGUCUCAUUGACGGUGUCCUCUUUGCCUUCCAGGAACAAAGCAUUGAAGACCUUGUCAUUCUUAAUGGAUUCGGCACGGUGGUUAAUGCACUUGGCACACGCUGCAAGUCAUAUCUUCCUCAGAUUGUCAGUACAAUUCUCUGGCGGUUGAACAACAAGGACUCCAAUGUCCGGCAACAAGCAGCCGAUCUUAUCUCCCGUAUUGCUAUGGUGAUGAAGCAGUGUGACGAAGACCCUCUCAUGGGCAAGCUUGGUAUCGUGCUUUAUGAAUACUUGGGUGAAGAAUAUCCUGAGGUUCUAGGCUCCAUCUUGGGCGCUUUGCGCGCCAUCGUCACCGUGGUGGGUAUCAACCAGAUGCAACCACCCAUUCGUGAUCUUUUGCCCCGACUCACACCCAUCCUGCGUAACCGUCACGAAAAGGUGCAGGAGAACACCAUUGAUCUCGUCGGUCGUAUUGCCGACCGUGGUCCUGAGUCCGUUAAUGCUCGUGAAUGGAUGCGUAUCUGCUUCGAGUUGAUGGACAUGCUCAAGGCUCACAAGAAGGGAAUCCGCCGCGCAGCUAACAACACAUUCGGCUUCAUUGCCAAGGCGAUUGGUCCUCAGGAUGUCCUCGCCGCCCUUCUCGGUAACUUGCGAGUACAGGAACGUCAGUCUCGUGUUUGUACGGCUGUCGCCAUCGGUAUUGUGGCCGAAACUUGUGCUCCCUUCACUGUGCUCCCGGCGCUGAUGAACGAGUACCGCGUGCCCGAUCUCAAUGUUCAAAACGGUGUGAUCAAGGCCUUGUCCUUCCUAUUCGAAUACAUCGGCGAGAUGGGCAAGGAUUAUGUCUACGCGGUCACACCACUGCUAGAGGAUGCUCUCAUCGACCGUGAUCAAGUCCACCGACAGACCGCCGCCAGUGCGGUCAAGCACGUUGCACUCGGUGUCGUUGGUCUUGGCUGCGAGGACGCCAUGGUCCAUCUUCUCAACUUGCUUUUCCCCAACAUCUUCGAGACCAGUCCCCACGUCAUUGAUCGAAUCAUCGAAGCCAUCGAAGCCGUCCGGACGGCGGUCGGCUCUGGUAUCGUUAUGAACUACAUCUGGGCUGGCUUGUUCCACCCCGCUCGAAAGGUGCGCAAUCCUUACUGGCGACUCUACAACGAUGCGUACGUCCAGUCAGCCGAUUCAAUGAUUCCUUACUACCCCGACAUGGAGGGUGACGUUGACCGACCGGAGCUAUCCAUCAUCGUCUAA